AAACACCAGUGCUUUGAUAGGUGAGAUGCUUACCAGUCUACAAAAAAACGCAGACAUUUAUCCAGCAAACACAAUAUGAAAGUGUAUUGUUUGAUCAUGUCGCACUUAAAAGACGGUACGCAAAGACUGUAACAGCAGGGUGGAUGGAACGUUCGGCACAGUUUGAGUUGUAAGAGUCACGUGAUCAAACGUACAUCUAGAGUAGUAAAAAAAAAAACAUCAGCGUAGCACUGCAAUUGCUUCACUAUCCACAGUCUACUUUUCUCCAUUUCGUCAUAUGCGUUACGCAUGGGAAUUGUAAAAAAAAUGCUGGUCAUAACGCUUGGUAUGAAUAAAUAAAGGUAAGAAAAUUGUAGACAGUAACUAAGGUUAUAUUUUGGGCUGGACAACCGGAGCAAAUAUUGUGGGAAGUGGAAGCCCUCUCCCGGAUAUAUGUCAAAAAAUACAAAAAAUACACAAAACGAAUAAACUCUACUGGGUAGGCCUAUUUUAUGGGAAUUUCUUCGGCGCAACAAAGAUAUUCGUACUGCAGGUUACUGUACUGCUGUACCUCGGGGUUGAAAGUGAGGUAUUUCGCAUCACGAACAGGGCGGUAUUGGCUUCGUUUGGAAGCCGUGUCAUCAGUUACCGCCUUCUGGGGCAGCCCAGCCACGGUCUCGCGCCGCUUCCCUUUCUACCUGCGCCAUACCGCAGUCUGAGGUCCCCCCUCUUUUGAGAGCAUUUAAAACUUAACGGAAUCGUCUUUGAUCGGACGAUACUAGCGCAUUCCUGUAGCUGAGUUCCACGACGGCACGACUGCGAUUUUCUGGGGACGGGACGUGCGCGCGGCUAUCGGGUUGCAAAGUGACGGGCAGCGCCAGCUGGGGUGAAAGCAGAAUCCUCUCCCGGGAAUGUUGCGGCUGCGAACCGCCUGAUCCGGACAAGGCGAGCGGUGCGCGCACACUUUUAGAAAGCAGAUGACAGCAGUUCUAUUCGGCCAGCUGUCGAUGGGACUACUGCCGUCAUGGGUGAGCCGCGUCCGUUCAGGAAACACAUAAAGGGCUAUCCCGUAUCUGAUGAAGCGGAGCUCGUGACACAGAGGUAACCCGCCUCCGCCAAGGAAAAGGUGUCUCGUGCGUAGCAUGGGAGCGCUAUGUUGUCCAGAAAGGGGUUUAUUCCAGAGGACUAUGUGCUGACUCGUUUGGUGGAAGAUGUCCUCCAACCGAAAUAUAAAGCCAAGCAGCGAAAGGCUCGCUUUGUGGACAAGAACGGAAGCUGUAAUGUGGCCCACACGAACAUUCGCGAGCAAGGACGGUUUCUGCAAGAUGUGUUCACCACCUUAGUCGAUUUAAAAUGGCUUCACACACUUAUAAUAUUUACCAUGUCUUUCUUGUGCAGUUGGCUGUUGUUUGCUAUGAUAUGGUGGCUUUUAGCCUUUGCUCACGGGGACCUGGACCAGAAAGGUGACGAUUUUGUCCCGUGUGUCACCAGCAUUCAGUCGUUCGCCUCCGCGUUCCUGUUCUCCAUCGAGGUGCAGGUGACAAUUGGUUUCGGCGGACGCAUGGUAACGGAAGAGUGCGUCGCCGCCAUCAUUAUUCUGAUCGUUCAGAACAUCGUGGGACUGGUUAUCAACGCCAUCAUGCUGGGCUGCAUCUUCAUGAAGACGGCGCAAGCCAACCGCCGCGCGGAGACGCUCAUUUUCAGCAAGCACGCGGUCAUCGCCGCGCGAAACGGCAAGCUGUGCUUCAUGGUCCGCAUCGGGGACCUGAGGAAAAGCAUGAUCAUAAGCGCCGCGGUCAGAAUGCAGGUGGUGCGACGGAGCACCACGCAGGAGGGGGAGGUGGUGCCCCUCGACCAAAUAGACAUUCAACUGGACAAUCCCGUCGGGACGAACGGCAUCUUUCUCGUGUCCCCUCUCAUCAUAUGCCACGUCAUUGACAAAAACAGCCCUCUAUAUGAGCUAUCCGCGGAAACCCUGCAGCAGGAGGACAUAGAGGUUAUUGUGGUGCUGGAAGGGGUCGUAGAAACCACGGGCAUCACCACCCAGGCCAGAACGUCUUACUUGUCCGAAGAGAUAUUGUGGGGCCAGCGUUUUGUGCCCACCGUGACCGAAGAGGACGGGCUGUACGCAGUGGAUUACUCUAAAUUCGGGAACACAGUAAAAGUGCCAACUCCAAGUUGCAGCGCUAAGAAGCUGGACGAGGGGGGAGGGCUCGCGCGGUUCAAACUUCAGGACUCGGCCGCGAGGGGUUCCGUCAGAAGACGGCGUCCCUCUUUACGGUUGAAGCAACGCAGCAUCUCACCGUAAUUUAGACGAGGGUGACCGUUAUUUUUCAUUGUUUUGCUACACUUGAACGUUCAUAUAUAUUUAUGGCAAAUGUUUCCAACUGAAGACGAACUUAUUUUUCUAGAUGUUUAAUGUUUUACUUUUACUUUUUUUGUUUCGUUUUGCAAGAUGUAGUUUUAUAGCGUCCCUGCAUUUUAUACAAUCGCUGUACUUUGUACCGUACAGGACCCAAUAGAAAUAUGUGUAUGCACUUCUUAAAUGCUAUGUACGAUUGUAGGGCAAAAUGUUUUUAUGCCGACAUGUCUUAUCGGCAGUGGGGAUCCCGCAUGGAAUCCUAUGAAACGCAUGCCUCCAACACCUUUUUUUUUUGUUGUUGCACAUACUCAGGGCUCAAUAACAAAUGUGCAUAGCUAAAAGUAAAUAUAUGCAAUGUCGUGUUUACGAUUAUGUUUAUAAGUAGGCCUGCGGACACGUUUCACGCACUUGAAUCAUCAUUAGACGAACUCGCUGUAAUAUGACAUGGCUGCACGUGAAUGAUAUGACAUCAUGCCUUUUCAAAUAAACUGCCAGCUCCAUUUGAGAAGUAGGCUGGAUAAUAUAUAUA